AUGGGGAAUGAGCAGACCACUCCAACACCUCAUCUACCAUACAGUAAUCGAGAAGAUUGCUCUAUACGGAGCAGCCGUAUGGGCAGAACCAAUGACAAAAAGAAAGCAAAAAAAGCUUCAUACAAUCCAGCGCCUUUCCUUCUUAACUAUACAGGAAGCUACAGAACAAAAUCAAAUGCGGCACUCUUCCAAAUCGCUAACAGCUCUUCACUUUUUAUACGCGCUGAACAAGAAUUCCAUAAGACAACAGUACUACAACUACGAAAGAAGAGCCAUUACAAAUCAUUAGAACUUUUAGCAAAGAAUUACGAGACACCAGCACACCCAUAUGAACACCACCCAGAAAAGAAAAAUAAUAUCACAUUAAGCAUGAAAAAAGAAGUAAGCCAAAAGAAAUUCCCCCAACUCUUUACAGACGGUUCCGGCCUAGAGGAAGGUAAAGGCAGCGCAAUCAAAAUCUACCUGGAUCCCAAUUCGACAACAGAACAGAAGUUCCACCUAGAUCAACAAAAUAGUGUAUUCCAAGCAGAAUUAGUAGCGCUCCUUGAAGCAAUAAAAUACAGCAUCACAAACUCUCUAAAAGCAGCACAUAUCUUUACAGACAGUCUUUCAGCGAUGUAUGCCAUCGCAAACCCAUGCCACCGAUCAAAUUUAAUCCAGGAGAUUACAGAAAGAACUUCAGCAUCACAAAAUCAACACUUCUUUGUCACUUGGCUGAAGACACAUGCAGGUACAAAAGGCAACGAGGAGGCUGACAUCCUCGCCAAAGAAGCAACUAGGGGUCAAAAUGCACAAAAUUUAUCAGUACCAUGGCCUAGCCCGCACCUUAAAAAAUCAUAA